CAGACUUCUUAGGAAGCCAGUAUAGUUGAAGAGCCUAGGAGGAUGAUAGGGUGGGCUGAUAUAUAUAAGGUGGUGGUGGCCAUGGUGCCGCUCUACGUCGCGCUGGGUCUUGGCUACGGCUCGGUGCGGUGGUGGCGGAUCUUCACACCGGAGCAGUGCGAGGCGAUCAACCGCCUCGUGGUCUACUUCUCCCUGCCUUUCUUCACCUUCGAGUUCACAGUCCAUACCGACCCCUUCGCCAUGAACUAUCGAGUCAUAGCGGCCGAUGCCAUCUCCAAGGUCCUCACAGUGCUAGUUUUAGCUGCAUGGGCCAAGUGGAGCAGCAAAGGGAGCUACGGCUGGUCCAUCACCAGCUUCUCGCUCUCCGCGCUGACCAAUACUUUGGUCGUCGGCGCGCCGCUGCUCAACGCCAUGUACGGGCGGUGGGCGCAGGACCUUGUGGUGCAACUCUCGGUGGUGCAAGGCAUCGUAUGGAUGACAUUCCUUUUGUUCAUGCUCGAGCUGAGGAAAGCAGGAAUUUUGGUAACGACGGUGGCUGCCACCUCAAAUGGUGGUGGUGAUGUUGUGUCUGUUGAACUGCAGCCAGAAGCGAAGGAUGUGGAGGAGAACGCCGAGGUGGCGAGCCGGCCUUCCUUCUGCUCGCUCAUGAUGACCGUGUGGCUCAAGCUUGCUCUCAAUCCAAACUUUUAUGCGAGCGUUCUCGGCGUCGCCUGGGCUUUUAUCUCCAAUCGGUGGCACUUUGAGAUGCCAAGCAUCAUUGAGGGUUCGGUGUUGAUCAUGUCAAGAUCAGGGGCUGGAUUGGCUAUGUUUAGCAUGGGACUGUUCAUGGCACUGCAAGAGAAGAUAAUCGCAUGUGGGCUGAACUUGACCGCCUUCGGAAUGGUACUAAGGUUCGUUGCAGGGCCUGCAGCCAUGGCGAUUGGUGCCAUCGCAGUUGGACUUCGUGGUGAUUUUCUGCGUGUGGCGAUCAUAGUGGCUGCGUUACCUCAAUCCAUAUCUUCAUUUAUUUUUGCUAGGGAGUAUGGAUUGCAUGCUGAGGUGCUUAGCACUGCGGUCAUAUUUGGAACGUUGGUUUCCUUGCCACUGUUGGUUGCUUGUUAUUUUGCUCUAGGCUUCAUCAAUUAAUGGCAUACUUUACUCCCCCUUUUUCUCUGUAUCAAAAAAUAAAUAAAUAACCCUUUUCCUAACUACAGCAUGGCAAUAGACUUGGAUACUCCAGCUACUAUGCGAACGCAUGGAAGCCAGCAAUGAAAACUCUGUAGGAGGAUUGAAUACAAGAAAUCCUUGAAAACAUUGCUUCUACUGUGCAAGAUUUAUUAAAUGCUUCCUUCUACUUAAA